CAGUUGGAGCAAGUGUCGAAGCCAACCACACAAUCACCUUGUGUCCUCUAGCGUGAAAAUGAACUGGGCUUUUCUUCAGAGCCUCGUCAGUGGCGUCAAUAAGUACUCGACAGCUUUUGGUCGCAUAUGGCUGUCUGUGGUGUUCAUCUUCCGUCUGCUGGUGCUGCUGGUGGCUGCUGAGAAAGUGUGGGGUGACGAGCAAAAGGAGUUCGACUGCAACACCAGAGAGCCAGGCUGCCACAAUGUCUGUUACGACCACUUCUUUCCCAUAUCUCCGUCUCGUCUGUGGGCGCUCCAGCUCAUCUUCGUCACUUGCCCUUCGCUCCUGGUGGUUCUACACGUGGCGUACAGGGACGACCGUGAACGUAAACACCAGGUGAAGUAUGGCGAGGGCUGUGCACAUCUCUACAUAGACACCAGCAAGAAGCGAGGAGGGCUGUGGUGGACGUAUCUCUUCAGCCUCGUUUUUAAGAUGGCAGUAGAUGCCGUGUUCAUAUUUCUCGUCUUCUACAUCUAUGAAGCCACCUUCUUCCCUUUGCUGGUGAGAUGUCAGGAGGCUCCCUGUCCUCAAGUGACUGACUGCUUCAUCAGUCGCUCUACAGAGAAGCGCAUAUUCACCAUCUUUCUACUGGUUGUCAGCUUGGUCUGUAUUUUGCUGACGCUUUGUGAGAUACUGUACCUCAUUUGUAAGCGCUGCAAUGAAUGUGCUGUCUCAUACAAACUCAACAAACGUGAACGACAAAUCGCAACAAUCUCUUCUCAGGCCAACAAACAUAAUCAGGACAAUAUGACGGAGGCGGCAUUGUUCGAAAACACUGACAAACAUCCUCCAAAUAAAGAAAUGAGCGCUCCUGCAUACAGCUUAGCCAUCUCAUAAAUGAUCGAGACAGAUGAACUCUUAUGUGGUUUAUUAAAUAUUAUAUUCAUCAAUGUAACCAGGAGCAAUUUCUAAAAGAAAAAGGAAUGUUAUUGUCUACUGUAAUGUAGAGGAUGAAUAUGAAGGUGUAUUUCUAUCUCUGUUUUUUUGAGCUGGCUUUCUUUUUUAAUUUAUAAUUUGUUUUAUUAAAGAAGACAUGCUUAAAUAAAUGAGUCCUGAUUUUGCAUUUGA